AUGGUUCUUCUAAAAGUUUUUGUUGUACUUUUGGUUACUCAAGUUUACAAGGUUCACGGGGGUUACGCAAGAAGCAAUCAGUUUCCGUACCACGUAGCUGUCGAGAUGACCACGAGUUAUGGUAACCAUUACCUUUUCCGGUGUAACGGAGCACUCAUAAAAGAAAACUAUGUUUUAACAAGUGCCCGUUGCGUAUCUGAUAAUUUGGCCCAGUACAGGAUUGCUCUUCCUAGCUUUUCAUAUUAUGACAAAAACGUACGUCGGAUUCCGAUCAGUAAUAUCACCAUUCACAAGGACUUUAAUUUUGCCGAUAAAAAGAAUGACAUAGCUAUUUUGCAAUUGACGGAAAGUGUUCACGACAAGAGUAUCGCUUAUCAGAGUGACUUGAGCGAAUUUUAUUACGAAUCCGAGUACAUUAUGACUAGUUAUCGAUAUCCUCGAGGAGGUAGACUUGUAUUUUCCAAGGUUGAAAUGGUAGACGAAAAGGCCUGCGAGCAACUGUUGAGGAUGUACUACUGGAAUCCUAAGAACCUGCUGCCGUUUCAAUUCUGCUCAAAUACCGAAAAGAAUUGGUCUCACGAAACCGACAUUUUGGUGGAUAAAUCUCCAAACGGAAUGGUGCUAGUUGGUCUUGGGUCGAUAAAUGAAAACAUUUUCACAUCUGUUAGCCCUUACGUUGACUGGAUUAAUAGUGUAGUCAACAACGCGGCAGAUAACGAUAAGGAUCUAAUCGAACUAAUAGAUAUUUUAGAUGCAGUGGAGUCCAUGUAG